AUGUGGUGGCUCAGCUGUCUCUUCACCGCAGCUUUGUGGACAAUAGCCUCUGCGCAGCUGAGAUAUUCUAUCACUGAAGAAGUUGCAGAAGGAACCAUUGUCGGGAAUGUAGCAAAGGAUUUGGGUUUGGACAAGAGUGCGCUCAAAGACAGGAAGUAUCGCAUUGUGUCUGGUGCUGCAGAGUCCCUUUUUCACGUGGAUCAGAAAGACGGUAAUUUGUAUGUGAGCCGUAAGAUUGACCGAGAAGAGGUGUGUGAAAAGAGCUCUACGUGUUUAAUCAAUCUUAAGACUGUGUUAGAAAACCCGCUGGAGGUGCAUUACGUUGGAGUAGAGGUGCAGGACAUAAACGACAACGCUCCAAUCUUCCCUGAAUUGGAGACAACGCUAGAUAUUUUCGAGUCUGUGUUACCGGGUGUGCGGAUUCCUCUCAAAGCAGCGAGAGAUCUGGACAAUGGGCAGUUUUCUAUACAGCAGUACAAACUUAGUGCAAAUGAACAUUUCCGAUUAGAAGUUAAAGAUAUGGACGAAGAUGGCAAAAUACCCACAUUAAUUGUGCAAAAACCGUUAAACAGAGAGGCAGAGAACCGCCAUUCACUUGUGUUGACGGCUGUAGAUGGCGGAAAACCUCCAAAAUCCGGGCAAACCGAUAUAUUCGUAAAUGUGUUAGACAUCAAUGAUAACGCUCCCGUUUUUUCAAACGGCGACUUCACGGUGACACUUACAGAAAAUGCACCGAUCGGAACAACUGUAAUACAAGUUAAUGCAACUGAUUCAGACGAAGGAGUGAACGGAGAAGUGGUGUAUGCAUUUAGUAAAAGCGUAAAACAACGUCUAUUUAAUUUAUUCGACAUUGAUCCACAGACAGGUGCGAUAAUUGUCAAAGGUUCAAUAAACUUUGAGGAGAAGGAAAAGUAUAUAAUAGAAGUCGAAGCAUCAGAUAAAGGGUUAGCUCCAUUGGCCACACAGAAAAACGUAAUAAUAAAAAUAAUAGACGUGAAUGAUAAUGCUCCUGAGAUUGAAGUCACCUCGUUUUCCAGCUCCAUUCCUGAAGACUCUCGACCGGGGACUACUGUGGCUCUGAUCAGUGUUAAUGACAGGGACUCUGGGCUGAACGGGAAAGUGACAUGUACAAUAGAAGGGGAUGUUCCCUUUACACUGUCUCCUUCCCUACAGGACAAAAUGUAUUCACUCGUGACUAAAUCCGCUCUGGACAGAGAGACACAGUCACAGUAUGUACUGUCCAUAGCUGCCACAGAUCACGGCCAGCCCUCACUUAAAUCUGAAAAGAACAUAUUAAUUGUAAUUUCAGAUGUGAACGACAACAGCCCAGAGUUUGUCCUUACUCCAUAUAGUUUUUAUAUCACUGAGGGCAAUGAAGCAGGAGCACAGCUGUUUUCAGUUCAGGCUAAUGACAAAGAUGAAGGUGAAAAUGCUCAUAUUUCUUAUCAUAUUUACAGAGAUGGAAGUGCAGAAAAUAAAGUGACUUCAUUUCUUAAUAUUAAUAGUGAAAAUGGGCAAAUCACUGCACUAAAAAGCUUUGACUUUGAGACAUUAAAGUCGUUCCAGUUUCAAGUGGUGGCCUCAGACUCUGGGACUCCGUCACUGAGCAGCAACGUGACAGUGCACGUGUUCAUUCUGGAUCAGAACGACAACGCUCCAGUCAUUCUGUAUCCAGUCAGCUCUAACGGUUCUGCUGAAGGAGUGGAGGAGAUCCCCCGCAAUGUGAACGCGGGACACUUGGUGACUAAAGUCAGGGCCUAUGACGCUGAUAUCGGAUAUAACGGCUGGCUGCUGUUUUCACUGCAGCAAGUGACUGACCACAGUCUGUUUGGGUUGGACCGCUACACAGGACAGAUCAGGACACUUCGCUCUUUGACAGAGACAGACGAGGCCGAGCACAAACUCGUCAUACUGGUCAAAGACAAUGGCAACGUGUCCCUGUCAGCUACAGCUACUGUGCUUGUCAAAGUGGUGGAGCCCAGAGAGGCUUUUGCAGCUUCUGAUGUUAAGAGCUCCACUAAAGACUCUGAGGACACUAAUGUGACUUUUUACCUCAUGAUAACUCUGGCCUCGGUCUCAGCUCUGUUCAUUAUCAGUAUCAUUGUGCUGAUUGCAAUGCAGUGCUCCAAGUCGAGCACUGACUACACGUCCAAGUACUUACAGGACACAAACUAUGACGGGACUCUGUGCCACAGCAUCCAGUACAGAUCUGGAGACAAGCGCUACAUGUUAGUUGGACCCAGAAUGAGCGUAGGAUCCACUAUAGUCCCAGGGAGUCAAGCCAACACACUGGUGCUGCCUGACAGGAGGAGGCCCUCUGAGGAGGUAAGCGAUUGA